CAACUAUAAAAAUUAAACAGUAUUGAGUACUGAGUACCUAAAUACUCAAUACCUUCACAACUCUACUGACAACACUGUUCACGGGUCUUUUCGCUAGUCUUUUUUCUUUUCUUAUUCAUAUUCAAAGGCUGCUGAUCUGAGGACACAGCUAAACGAAUAAAAGAGUUUUUAGCGAAUUUUUUUACUGCUACUGCUCUUGACGACGACUCUACGGCGAUACACGGAAAUCGAUUAGCAACACAUACACAAAUCUUGCAUAAUGAAAAUUUGGACGUCAGAACACACAUUCAACCAUCCGUGGGAAACGGUAACGCAAGCAGCCUGGCGUAAAUACCCCAAUCCCAUGACACCGUCCAUUAUUGGCACCGAUGUGAUCGAGCGCAAAGUGGUCGAUGGCGUCUUACACACACACCGUUUGGUACAGUCCAAAUGGUUUUUACCAAAAUGGACCAACAAACUAAUUGGCACCGCCAAAACCUGUUUUGCCAGCGAACGCUCAACCGUGGAUCCCAGCAAACGUUCCAUGAUCCUGAAGACCAUUAAUCUGACAUUUUGCCGUCACAUAUCCGUGGACGAAGUGAUAUACUACGAACCCCAUCCCACAGACCCCUCAAAGACACUGCUGAAACAAGAGGCAUCAGUGACUGUGCAUAGUGUGCCACUGUCCCAUUAUAUGGAAGAUAUGCUCACCUCCACCAUCAGCAUGAAUGCCGGCAAAGGUCGCCAGGGUCUCGAGUGGGUGAUUGGUCGCAUCAAUUCCGAGGUAAAAGGUAUUGCCGAAACUGCUGCCAAAAGUACAGAUGAUUUGAUCUUGACCACAAGACGCUCCCUCGAUGAUAUGACAGAAAGUGCACGCAAAAAUUUAGACGAAAUUAGUGCGCAGGCCGCCAAACAUAUACACAUUUAAGUUAAACAAAAAAACCAACAAUAAUAUAAAAACAACAAUUUAAAAAAUAAUAAACACUAGGUCCCAAUAAGCUCAAUUGGUUCUGCUGACAAUGUCCGGUAAACAUGCUAAGGAAAUAUAGAAAGGAAUACUUAAGAUGUUGGAGAGUUAGAAGAGCAUUGGCGAACAAUUGUAAUAAAGUUUCUGCAAGCCGUUAAAGUUACGGAAUAAAAUGUUUUCACACAUUUUAAACUUUGUGCUGAAUGAAAUGAGUGAACUGUUACUGUUUUCUAACUUCAAAUAUGUACUGCAAAAAGGAGUUGUCUUUCCUUUCUGACAAUAUUAUUACAACAGACAAGUUAUGAUCAUCGUUCCAGUUCCUGUUUUGUUGUUCCACUACGCUAUACUAUUCUAUUUUCGAGUGAUUUUUUUGUUUGUUUAAAAACAUCAAUAAUUGUAUGUAGGUAUUUUUUGUCUUUAUAACACAAAAUCUGAUGCAGUGUAAAUUUUGUAACAAAAAUAUAUAUUUUGUUUAUAAAAAAAUCCCUAAAUUAUGGCAUUAUUCUUUUCUUGUAUUCCCCACUCUACCAUUCAAAACAAUUAAGCUUUUGUAAUGGAUUAUCAUAUUAACUUUUAUUUUCCUUCCUUUUGAGACUUGAUUAUGUUAGUAGUGUAGUUAAUUUAAUCAUCAUCAUCUUCAUUAUCAUCUAUAUAAUAAAAUUAAAUAAUUUUAUCUAUUUACACAAAGAAAAAAAUGUUCAAAAAUUAAAAAAAAAAUAACAAUUACCUAUAAAUAAUUUACAAUUUUGCUAAGAAAGUAAAACCAUUUUGUGUUAAACUAAAAACUACCUUUACAUUCAAGUUAGAGAAGUAUAUAAUUAUGUAUGAUUUAAAGAAGUAGUCUAAUUAAUAAUUUAUUAUUAUGCAAAAUAAAUAAUUGAAUAAAUAAAACUAUAUUUUUAAUUUGAUUUUAAUUCAUA